AUGUCUUCCAAUGGAGAAGUCGCUUGCACUUACGCCGCCUUGAUUCUUCACGACGACGGAAUUCCCUUUACGGCUGAAAAGAUUUUAACUCUGGUAAAGAAAGCCAAUGUCCAAUGUGAGUCUUACUGGCCUAGCCUCUUCGCUAAGUUUGUUGAGAGGAAGAACGUUGAAGACUUGAUCACCAACGUUGGUGCUACUGGUGGUGCUGCCGUUGCUGUCUCUGCUUCGACAGGUGGUGCAACAGCUGUUGAAGCUCCUGCUGCCGAAGAGAAGAAGAAGAAGGAAGAGAAAGAAGAGAGUGAUGACGAAGAUAUGGACUUGUUCAGUAUCUUCGACUAGAGCGCACAUUGUUUCUUGGAAGCUGCUUGAUGCUUUCUU